UGUGUAAGAUCUAGUCACUAGAGACCACGUACACACGAUAUGACAGAUAGGUUGUAGUGCUAUGGAAAAGGUUGAUUUUGGAAGUUUAGAAGGUAAUAUCGACACUCCAGAAUCUCAGCAACUAUCCAAGAAAGGAGGAUUUCCUGGUUCCAUGUUUGCUGUAAAGAAUAGAAUCAUGUCACUGACUCUGUCAAACACAUCAGCCCGAGAAUGGCUUUCUCGAACUAGGGAAGGCAUCAAGCCAUGGGGAGAAUUCAUCAGUACCAGUAAAUUCAAGGUGCCGAAGUCCAUCACACCUGUUCCAAAAAGAAUCGUGAAAAAUAUUGAACAUUUUCAGAGCAAUUAUCUCUUCGUCUUCCUUGGACUAGUCUUGUUCUGUGUACUUACCUCCCCUUUGUUACUCGUUGCCAUAGCAGCAUGUUUAGGAGCAUGCUACAUCAUCAACAUCAAGAACCAGGAGAAGAAGUUAUCUAUAAUGGGUAAGGAGCUAAGUGUUUCCCAGCAAUAUGGAGCCGUGGGCCUGUGCUCUUUCCCUCUGUUUUGGUUGGCUGGUGCCGGCUCUGCAGUUUUCUGGAUAAUUGGUGCCUCAUUUUUCGUGAUAAUGCUCCAUGCCUCAUUUUACACACAUACUGAGGAGGGUGAGGAGGUAGAUCUGGUGAUGGAUGAAGUUGUGUGAUAUCCUUCAUCAACUAAUUCACACCUGAAGACACAUUUGAACUCUUCCAAUUCAAAGGUUGGAAUAGUUCAUUAUGAAAUUUCAGGGGUGAAUUAUUUAAAUAACGUCAUGACGGAGGAGUUAAAUGUGAUACGAGGACAGUGUGAAGUUGACAAACGUGGAAGUGAUAUCGCUGUGAUUUGUCAUUCUUUGGAAAAGGAAAAUGAUCAAGACAAAACAGGAAGUCUCGUGUUGUGAUGCAAUAGAUCUGUGAAAAAUUGAAGAAAUUUUCAGUAACUUAGCAUAUAUUUUAUAGAAUGUUUUCUUUGCAUAUCUUUUUUUUCCUGGUUAUAUUCAUUCUUCGCAAUUAGGCUCGGUCUGAAUUCAGUCGUAAAGAAUGUCAUAUUGGUACAAAUUUACCUUAAUCUUUUCAAUGCUUUGAUUUUAGAAACAUCUUUACUGUAUAGAGCCAUGGACUUUUUCAGGGUUAAACUUUCACAUUUUUUCCCCUGAAACAAAAUUCACAAGUUGAAAUUCAUGUGAGUAUAUAUAUUGAGACACAUUUUAAAGCUAUUUCACACUUCUUGUUUUCAUUUGCAUACAAAGGCCUAAGAGCUUUUAUGUAUUGCAAAACAUUAAUAUGUACAAAUAAUAUAAAAGUAUGCCAUAACCUUGUAAAGUAAACACAGGGAUGUACAUUUCUGCUAACCUGAAGCCUUCGACAAGUUUAUUUUGUAAAAAAUUUUUUUUUGCAGAAACAAAUUCCAUAUUUUCUAUGAAAAUAUAGGUAGGGCUAAAAGAUUAUUUUUCAAAAUGUAGCCUAGUACUUAAAAAAGGAAAAUUGUCUGCUCAUGCAUAUAUGAAUGUUGCCCUAUCUGUAGAAUUGUUUGUCUUCAUGUUAAGUCUUUGAAGAUACAGUUGGGAGUAAACUUAACUUGGUAUCUAGUGCACUUUGUAGUGAACAUGUAGUGCACUAGACAAAAAAUUGUAGUGCACUCCAGUUCACUACAGUGUUAACUCCAGUGCACUACAGUGUUAACUCCAGUCACUUUAGUGUUAACUCUAGUUCACUGACUUAAGUGUUAACUCAAGUGCACUACAGUGUUAACUCCAGUGCACUACAGUGUUAACUCCAGUUCACUUAAAUGUUAACUCCAGUUCACUGACUUAAGUGUUAACUCCAGUUCACAAGCAUGUGCACUGGAGUUCACAUUUCUUAGUUGUUAACUCAAGUGUACUAGGCUACCAAGUUAAGUUUGCUUCCAACUGUAUCAAGUUUAGAAUAGAUUGUUGGACAUUUUUAAUAUCCUCUCUUUUUUUAAUAUUUAUUUUUUUGAUUUUGUAAAUAAUCAACUAUUAUGAAUAUAUGUAAUUUGUAUAUAUGAGGGAAUAUACAUACUUAACGUAAAUUAAAUUUACAGAAUAUAUAUUUAUUCAGGAUUAAUAUAUUUCUAUGUUAAACCUUUAUCUGCUUGGUGUUAAGGAGAUGAUAAAAAUAAAGAUGACAUUAUGUAAAUAAUGAUAUUUUAUAACAUUCAAUAAAAUCUUGUUAUACUGCCACCAUUUGUGUAGAGACAUUUUGGCAUUAUGAAGGGGGAUGGUGGUACAUUGAGGGAAAUGUAUGUAUUUUAUAAAACAAGAGAAAAGGACAUUGAAAUAUGUUGGCAGUAAACAAGAGGGCAUCUGAAAUGAGGGCCAGUAUAGCGAGGAUUUAUGAAAUAUAUACAUUAUUCAUGUACAAAAUAUAAUUAAAUCUCAUAGAUAUGGAGUGUGUUGAUAUUAGUAAAAUCGUUGACAACAGGUCUCCUUUUACGAUAUUUAGUUUUGAUAAGCAGAGUGACAAAACAAACAAACAAAACAAAAGUAAAGAACAAACACAUAAUGAACAAUAUUUUUCAUUAUUUUUUAACUCUCAAAUGAAUUUAUUUUUAACAGCAACUGGCUGAACAUUUCCACCUAAAUAUUUCACCGGUUGUACAAGAACAGUAUGUUUGAUACAUGUACACUUGUCACAAGGGCUGAAACGAUAUAGUGUACGACAAUUUAUCACAUCAUUAUGAAUACGGUAUGAUACGCAUUAUAUUUUUGGAGGUCACAAUACACCUAUAAUGUUUUUUCCAGAUUUUGUCAUUUCUGAAUUUAGUCUACUCAUAUCGCUUCCAACAUGGCCAGCUCCAGCUCGGCAUGCACGUCGAAAGACGUGAAGUGUGUGAAACAUUAAAGUCAUGCCCCCUUUUGGACCAAGCCUAUUUCCUGGUGGAAUAUUGCCAUUAAAAAUUUGCAACAUGUCUUUUCGCUUUGCUUUUACUGUUACGCUAUGUAUCAUGAUGACCACAGUAUCGUGACUCAAAUCGUAUCGUCUUGCUAGUGUACCGUUGCAGCCCUACUUGUUGCCAAAUUGACCAAAUCACAAGUGUCUAUGGUCUGCCUGAAAACAAUUUGAUACAAACAUCUUUCCCAUUUUUUGACAGAAAGGUACUGACUAAAAAUACCUGGAUCCCUCCCUUAGUGGACAAGUAAAACAUUUUCUCAAAACAGCAUCCAGUCAUUCAUUCCCAAAACAUCAAUAUGCAUUCAAGCUACAUGAAGGGUAUCCCUGAAACAAUUCAUUACACAUAAAGAAAAACAAUCAUAUCUCCUACUGUGUAUUUCUCAAAUCAAAAUCACGAUUAAAAAUACUUGAAGCACAAUAGUGAAUAUUAAGUAACACUGUAAUAUAUUAUCCAGUUACUGGUUGGAUGAGAGAGAGAGAGAAAAUGAGAGAGAAGGAAAGAGAGACACUUGCAGUUGUAUCUGCUACUGUGUAUUUCUCAAAUCAAAGUCACAAUAAAAAAAAAACUUGAAGCACAAAAGCAAAAAUUAAGUGACAUGGGAAUAUAGUAUCCAGUUACUGGUGGGAGGGGAGAGAGAGAAGGAGGGGUACAGUGGAACCUGCUGGAGAGACCACCUCUAUUAACCCUUUCACCCUUGCAUACCUCCAAAUCAAUGCACAGUAGAUAGAGUCUACUUAAGUUAUAUAGAGAUGAAAGGGUAAAGAGACUGCAUGUUUAAUGCGAUCACUUAUAAAAACAUUCCCCAUUGCAGUCAUUUUCAUGUUAAGUGAACCUGUAUAAAGAGACCACCUGCAGAAAGAGACCACACUAUCGACUUUCGGAAGCCGGUCUCUGAAUGAAGUUUAACUGUAUUAUGUACAUGUUUGACUAAUAUGUUUAAAGUUGGAACAGGUUUUGUCUCGUAGAGAUUUGUUUUUGUUAAGAAUUAUACUGAAUUGAAAUAUUGUAACAUUGGCAUGACCCAGGACCACACUGUGUAGUUCAACUCGCAGAUGAAAACAAGAUUAAUUUAUGUAGGUCAGUAGAACCUGGAGAAAGGAAAGGAUAGAUUAUUUUAUUUCUCUAAGAUUUGCUGUCCAACUUUUUUUAUUUUCAAUUUCACCGAGUGUGUCGGUUUAACAGUGUUACAAUGAGGGAUAAUUUACAUAAAUAAAAAAGAAAAACAAGCUUA